UCGCGCUUCCUGCCGUGCGUGCGCGCUGUCCCCGGAGAGUCGCGGCAUGGCGGACCCGGAGGCGUUGGGCUUCGAGCACAUGGGUCUCGACCCCCGGCUCCUGCAGGCCGUCGCCGACCUGGGCUGGUCACGACCCACGCUGAUCCAGGAGAAGGCCAUCCCGCUGGCGCUGGAGGGGAAGGACCUGCUGGCUCGGGCCCGCACGGGCUCGGGGAAGACGGCCGCCUAUGCCAUUCCCGUGCUGCAGCUGCUGCUCCACAGGAAGGCGACAGGCCCUGCAGUAGAGCAGGCUGUGAGAGGGCUCGUCCUGGUGCCCACCAAGGAGCUGGCUCGGCAGGCCCGGUCCAUGAUCCAGCAGCUGGCUGCCUACUGCGCUCGAGACAUCCGGGUGGCUAACGUCUCCGCUACCGAAGACUCAGCCUCUGAGCGAGCUGUGCUGAUGGAGAAGCCCGACAUAGUUGUGGGGACCCCAUCGCGCAUCUUGAACCACUUGCAGCAGAACAGUUUGGUCCUGCGAGACUCCCUGGAGCUGCUGGUGCUGGAUGAGGCUGACCUUCUUUUCUCUUUUGGUUUCGAGGAAGAACUCAAAAGUCUGCUCUGUCACCUGCCCCGGAUUUAUCAGGCUUUUUUGAUGUCGGCUACCUUUAACGAGGACGUCCAAGCACUCAAGGAGCUGGUACUCCAUAAUCCAGUGACUCUCAAGCUCCAGGAGUCCCAGCUGCCGGGGCCAGACCAGCUGCGGCAGUUCCAGGUAGUCUGUCAGACACAGGAAGAUAAGUUCUUGCUGCUCUAUGCCCUGCUCAAGCUGUCAUUGAUCCGCGGCAAGUCCCUGCUCUUUGUCAACACUCUGGAGAGGAGUUACCGGCUGCGCCUGUUCCUGGAGCAGUUCAGCAUCCCCACCUGCGUGCUCAAUGGAGAGCUCCCGCUGUGCUCCAGGUGCCACAUCAUUUCACAGUUCAACCAGGGCUUUUACGACUGCGUCAUAGCGACCGACGCCGAAGUCCUGGGGGCCCCGGUCAAGGGCAAGCGUCGGGGCCGAGGAUCCAAGGGGGACAGGGCUUCUGAUCCGGAGGCAGGCGUGGCCCGGGGCAUAGACUUCCACCACGUGUCUGCUGUGCUCAACUUUGACCUGCCCCCCACCCCUGAGGCCUACAUCCAUCGAGCUGGCAGGACGGCGCGAGCCAACAACCCGGGCAUGGUUUUGACCUUCGUGCUGCCCACUGAGCAGUCCCACCUGGGCAUGAUCGAGGAGCUGCUCAGCGGAGAGAACGGGGCCCCUGUCCUGCUUCCCUAUCAGUUCCGCAUGGAGGAGAUCGAGGGCUUCCGCUACCGCUGCCGGGAUGCCAUGCGCUCAGUGACCAAACAGGCCAUCCGAGAGGCGAGGCUGAAGGAGAUCAAGGAGGAGCUUCUGCACUCAGAGAGGCUCAGGACGUACUUUGAAGACAACCCCCGGGACCUCCAGCUGCUGCGGCACGACCUGCCCUUGCACCCUGCCGUGGUGAAGCCUCACCUGGGCCACGUCCCUGACUACCUGGUUCCCCCUGCUCUGCGCGGCCUCAUCCACCCUCACAAGAAGCGGAAGAAGCUGGCCUCCAAGAAGGUCAAGGCUCUGCUCCAGGCGGUGGGAGGAAGAACGUGGGUGUUUAGUGGGCCACAGAUGGUGACAGCGGCAGCUUUUGUCCUCGACUCGUGGCCUGCAGGGCCUUGCCAAGGGGCCACACCUCUCACCUCCCUGAGUCUGGGCAGACAGACGUCUGGUGCGCCCAGCUAACCUGCAGCUUUGCCCUGCAGAAGGCCAAGACCCAGAAUCCCCUGCGCAGCUUCAGGCACAGAAAAGAGAGAAGCGGACCCACAGCCGUGCCUUCCUGAGGUCGUCUGCACAGCCUCGCUGGCUCCCUGGGCCCCUUCCCAGGCUGAGCGUCGAGCAGGGUGCGGGCGCCAGCUUCCCACCCUGGCUGGACUGGAUUCCGGAGCAGGCCCGCGGUGCUGCCCUGCUCGCCUAAUAGACUCCAGCCGUCCUGACUCGGGCUUCCUGCAAGUAGGAAGGGAUACCCGUCCCUGGGAACCUUGGGAAUUAAACCGCUUCCCGGACGCUU